UCUGGGCAGGGGUUACAGACUUACAGAAGGCUAGGCUGCGUUAAUCCCUGCUAGGAAGAGAAGGAUGCAGAUCUUCGUCAAAACCCUAACCGGGAAAACGAUAACGCUCGAGGUCGAAUCGAGCGACACUAUCGACAAUGUCAAGGCCAAGAUUCAGGAUAAGGAAGGUAUUCCGCCGGAUCAGCAGCGUUUGAUUUUCGCCGGGAAACAGCUUGAAGAUGGGCGAACUCUCGCUGAUUAUAACAUUCAAAAAGAGUCGACUCUUCACUUGGUUCUGAGGCUUCGUGGUGGAAUCAUCGAGCCUUCGCUUAUGGCAUUGGCCAGGAAAUACAAUCAGGACAAGAUGAUCUGCCGCAAGUGCUAUGCUCGUCUCCAUCCCCGGGCUGUCAACUGCAGGAAAAAGAAGUGUGGACACAGCAACCAGUUGAGGCCAAAGAAGAAGAUCAAGUAGACUGCUGGCUGGUUCGAAUGCAUUCGCCGUUUCUUUCCUAUUUCUAGUUUAUGCUUGUGGUACAAUUGAGUUUUUCCAUCACAGAAAUUGGACCUAUCCCUAUUUGGAAUGAGUUUUUCAUGUAGCUUAUAAUUGGUGAACACGAUCUAUUUGGGCUAUAGUUAUUGUGCUAUUUUUGAAUA